UAUAUUUUAGAUUGCGUUUGAAACUUUAAGAAAACGGUUGUGCAUUGAGUGGUUCUCGACAAAUCAAAUCUUAUCUUGCGUUUUUAUUUUUUAUAAAAAUUUUAUUAAUUUAAUUUGUGCAUUUCUUCGACAAAUAUAUAUAUUGUGAAUAAAAGAAAUUUUAUUUUUCAAGAAUAACUUGACUUUCGUUUACCAUAAACGUUUUACGUGUGAAUUGAAAAUUAUGGCAGAUGAAGCAUCUUCAAGUUUAGUAUUUUUUGUGAACGGAAAAAAGGUCGUAGAACCGAAUCCGGAUCCAGAAUGCACGUUACUAACAUAUUUAAGAGAAAAAUUAUUUUUAUGCGGUACCAAAUUGGGUUGUGGGGAAGGUGGCUGUGGUGCCUGUACAAUAAUGCUUUCUCGUAUCGAUCGUCGCACUAAUGAAAUCAGACAUUUGGCUGUUAAUGCUUGCUUAACUCCUGUAUGCGCUAUGCACGGUUGUGCUGUUACGACGGUUGAGGGUAUCGGCAGUACGAGAACGCGUCUACAUCCUGCUCAAGAGCGACUGGCAAAAGCGCAUGGCAGUCAAUGCGGUUUUUGUACGCCGGGCAUUAUUAUGUCAAUGUAUGCUUUGUUAAGAAACGCCCCUCAACCAACAAUGCAUGAUUUAGAGGUAGCAUUUCAAGGCAAUUUGUGCCGAUGUACAGGCUAUCGUCCGAUAUUGGAAGGAUAUAAAACCUUUACGAAAGAGUUUGCCUGUCCCAUGGGUGAAAAAUGUUGUAAAAUGAAUGGUGUAAAAGGAAUAAACGGUGAAAAUGGUAUAAAUGGUACAAGUCAUAUAAAUGGGGUAAAUGGUGAAAAUUGUGUAAAUGGUGAAAAUUCUGUAAAUGGUGUAAACAGUUUGAACGAAAUAAAUGGUGAAAAUGGUCUCAAUGGAAUAAAUGCGGAAAACGGGGUAAAUGAUCUAAACGGCGUAAAUGGGGAAAACAAGACAAAUGGCGAAAAUGAUCUAAACGGCGUAAAUGGGGAAAACAAGACAAAUGGCGAAAAUGAUCCAAAUAAAGUAAAUGGUACGAAUGAAAAGAAUGAUAAAACAAGAAUCCAUAGCAUAAGUGAUGCAAAGCAUAUGAUUAGUGGUCAAAAAAUUAAAGAUAUUGACAGUCAAGGUCGCCUCGUUGAUAAUAUACUUUUUGAGAAAGGCGAGUUCAUGCCAUAUGAUCCCAGUCAGGAGCCUAUUUUUCCUCCUGAAUUGCAACUCAACACAAAAUGGGAUCGAGAAAGUGUUAUAUUUAAAGGCGAACGUGUUACCUGGUAUAGACCGAGUACAUUGCUUGAGUUACUUCAGCUAAAAAUUGAAUUUCCUGAUGCUAAAUUAAUAGUCGGUAACACAGAAGUUGGUGUUGAAGUUAAGUUCAAACAUUUUCUAUAUCCUGUUCUCAUACAUCCCAUAAAAGUUCCCGAAAUGGUCGAAGUUCGGGAGUCAAAGGAAAGCAUUUACUUUGGAGCUGCUGUCCCGUUAAUGGAAAUUGAUAAAAUUCUGAGAGAUCGCAUUAAAGAAUUACCGGAACAUGAAACUAGAUUUUUUCAAACUUCGGUAAACAUGUUGCACUAUUUUGCCGGUAAACAAAUACGUAACGUAGGCUGCCUAGGGGGCAAUAUUAUGACCGGCAGUCCUAUAUCCGACAUGAAUCCAGUGUGUACAGCAGGUGCUGUAAAGUUACAUGUUGCUCGCCUCGAAAAUGGAGAGAUAAAAAUACGUGAUGUUCAUAUGGGGACGGGUUUCUUCACGGGCUAUCGUAAGAAUGUCAUAGCUAGCAAUGAGGUGUUAAUAGGGGUACAUUUUCCAAAGACUCUUGAACGUCAAUAUAUGGUGGCUUUUAAACAAGCUAGACGCCGUGACGACGAUAUAGCUAUAGUAAAUGCAGCAAUUAAUGUAUUUUUCAAGUCCAACACUGAUCGCGUUGAGCGCAUAUACAUGGCUUUUGGCGGUAUGGCUCCCACAACUGUUUUAGCUCCACGUACCUCGGAGCUUAUGAUUGAUCAAAAAUGGGAUCAAAACUUGGUGGAACGGGUUGCAGAAAGCUUGUGCUCAGAAUUACCGUUAUCCCCUUCGGCUCCGGGAGGUAAUAUCGCUUACCGCCGGUCGUUGGUUAUCAGUUUGUUCUUUAAGGGUUUCUUAGCGAUAAGUCAGAAACUCAUAGACGCUGGCAUUAUUCCAGAAGACGUUGUACCCCCAGAAGAACGCACUGGUGCUGAAACUUUUCAUACACCUGCUUUAAAGAGUGCUCAACUUUUUGAGCGCGUAAGAGAAGGUCAGCCUAAAUAUGACCCAAUAGGACGACCAAAGGUGCAUGUGUCAGCUUUAAAGCAAGCUACCGGGGAAGCUAUAUAUUGCGACGAUAUGCCUCGUGCGGACAAUGAAUUAUACUUGGCGUUAGUGUUAAGUACACGUCCGCAUGCUAAAAUUUUAAAUAUAGAUCCUAGUAAAGCUUUAGCCAUGCCAGGUGUUCAUGCUUUCUUCUGUAGCAAAGAUUUAACCGAACAUGAAAAUGAAGUUGGUCCGGUAUUUCAUGAUGAACAUGUUUUCGCUGCUGGCACCGUUCAUUGCCAGGGUCAGGUCAUAGGCUCAAUAGUAGCUGAUAAUCAAAACAUAGCCCAAGCAGCAGCCAGAGCCGUCAAAAUUGAGUACGAGGACUUGAAACCGGUAAUAGUAACGAUUGAACAAGCUAUUGAACACCAGUCAUAUUUUCCGGACUAUCCGCAAUAUGUGGAAAAAGGUAAUAUAGAGGAAGCCUUCAAAAAAGCAGACUUUGUUUACGAAAGAACGAAUCGGAUGGCUGGCCAGGAGCAUUUUUAUUUAGAAACCCAUGCGGCAUGUGCAGUGCCACGUGAUAGUGACGAAAUUGAGAUAUUCUGUUCCACACAGCAUCCUUCUGAGGUACAAAAACUUAUCUCUCAUGUAUUAUCGAUUCCAAGUCAUAAAAUCAACUGCCGAGCUAAACGGUUAGGGGGCGGUUUCGGUGGUAAAGAAAGUCGUGGUAUAUCUGUUGCUCUACCAGUCGCUUUAGCGUGCUACCGAUUGCGUCGCCCAGUACGUUGCAUGUUAGAUCGUGAUGAAGACAUGAUGAUUACGGGAACUAGACAUCCUUUUCUGUAUAAGUACAAGGUCGGCUGUACUAAGGAGGGUCUUAUAACUGCUUGCGAUGUCGAACUAUAUAAUAACGCCGGAUGGUCUAUGGAUUUGUCGUUUUCGGUUCUACAGAGAGCUAUGUUUCAUUUUGAAAAUUGCUAUAAAGUUCCUAACGUAAAGGUGGGUGGUUGGGUUUGCAAAACCAAUUUACCAUCAAAUACAGCUUUCAGAGGAUUUGGUGGACCACAAGGCAUGAUUGUUGGCGAGCAUAUAAUACGUGACGUUGCUCGCAUUGCUGGCAAAGAUCUAAUCGAGGUAAUGAAAUUAAAUUUCUAUAAGACAGGUGAUAUUACACACUAUGAUCAAAUUCUGGAGACAUUCCCCAUAGACCGAUGCCUUGACGAUUGUCUUAGGCAAUCACACUUUUAUAGAAAACGGCGUGAGAUUGAGGAGUUCAAUAAAAAGAACCGUUGGCGCAAACGAGGCAUAUCGGCGGUGCCAACAAAAUAUGGUAUAGCCUUCGGUGUAUUGCAUCUUAAUCAAGCUGGAUCCCUAAUUAAUAUUUACUCUGACGGUUCCGUUCUACUAUCGCACGGUGGUGUUGAAAUUGGUCAGGGCUUAAACACAAAAAUGAUACAAUGUUGCGCUAGCUCCCUGGGAAUACCUAUAGAAAUUAUUCAUAUUGCCGAAACAUCUACCGACAAGGUGCCGAAUACAUCUGCUACUGCAGCUAGUGUCGGCUCUGAUAUUAAUGGUAUGGCUGUUUUGGAUGCGUGCCGAAAACUUAAUGAACGUUUAGAACCCAUUAAGAAAGCCAAUCCCAAAGGCACAUGGGCCGAAUGGAUUAAUGCAGCAUAUUUUGAACGUAUCAGUUUAUCAGCAACUGGUUUUUAUAAAAUGCCUGGAAUUGGUUGGGAUCCGGUCAAAAAUCCUAAUGCUCGGAUGUACUCAUAUUAUACCAAUGGCGUCGGUAUAGCCAUGGUAGAAAUCGAUUGUCUUUCCGGCGAUCAUCAGGUGAUUAGUACAGACAUUGUUAUGGAUAUUGGAUCCAGUAUGAAUCCAGCUAUUGACAUUGGUCAAAUUGAGGGGGCGUUUAUGCAGGGCUACGGUUUAUUCACUCUGGAGGAAAUGAUUUAUUCCCCUCAAGGUAUGGUUUUUUCACGUGGUCCCGGCACAUAUAAAUUACCCGGUUUUGCCGACAUACCUGGCGAAUUCAAUGUGACUUUAUUGACUGGUGCAGCUAAUCCCCGAGCUGUAUUUUCUUCGAAGGCAGUUGGUGAGCCUCCUCUAUUUAUUGGUAGCGCUGUAUUUUUCGCAAUUAAAGAAGCUAUCGCCUCUGCCAGGGAAGCUAAUGGCUUAAGUAAAGAUUUUGACUUACCGUCCCCUGCCACUUCAGCUCGUAUACGUAUGGCUUGCGAAGAUAAAUUUACAAAAUUGAUCGACAUGCCGCCGGUGGGCAGUUACACACCCUGGAAUGUUGUGCCAUAAAUGAUUGAAACUUUUUGCUUUAAAUAUUAUAUUAAUUACAUUCAUACAUAUAUAUAUUUUACUAUAUGCUAUCAAUCAAUUGCCCUUUUAACGAACAAAUAAAAUUUUUGGUAUAAA